CUUUCCUCUAUAAAUUUCUCUCUUCCUCUUCAUUACCUUUUGGUCAAUGUAUUCUUAAUCUCAAAAAGUACUUUUUCUGUGUGUUAUGGUUCUAGUUAUGGAUGACGAAGAGAGUAACAACAUAGAAAGAUAUGACGACGUCGUCUUACCAGGGUUUAGGUUCCAUCCCACUGAUGAAGAACUCGUAAGUUUCUACUUGAAACGAAAGGUUUUACACAAAUCUCUUCCCUUUGAACUCAUCAAGAAAGUCGACAUUUACAAAUACGAUCCAUGGGAUCUCCCAAAGCUUGCGGCGAUGGGGGAGAAAGAGUGGUACUUCUACUGUCCAAGAGACAGGAAAUACCGGAACAGCACGAGGCCUAACCGAGUAACUGGAGGUGGAUUCUGGAAAGCAACCGGAACAGACCGGCCAAUAUACUCAUUGGACUCGACUCGAUGCAUCGGUCUGAAGAAGUCGCUAGUGUUCUACCGUGGUCGAGCUGCUAAAGGAGUCAAAACCGAUUGGAUGAUGCACGAAUUUCGUCUCCCUUCCGUAUCUGACUCUCCUCACUCAACAUAUCCCAGUUACAAUAACAAGAAGCAAAACCUUAACAACACCAGUAAAGAGGUUCCUUCAAGCGAUGCAUGGGCGAUAUGUAGAAUAUUCAAGAAGACGAAUGCAGUAUCAUCACAAAGAUCAAUCCCACAAUCUUGGGUUUAUCCAACGAUUCCUGACACUAACCAAUACAACUCACAGUCACAAUCACACAACACCACAACUCUCUUAGCUUCAUCAGACGUUCUCAGCCACAUAUCAACAAGAAAAAACCGUAUCACUUCUCCAGUCAACGAACACACAAGCUUCACAGAAUCAGCUGCUGCUUAUUUCGCGUCUCAGAUGCUCGGAGUCCCGUACAAUACAGCCAGAACAGGGGACGCUCUGUUUGUGAGAAACAGUGAAACAGGGGAUACUCUGUUUCUAAGCAACAAUGAGAAUAACUACUUCAGCAACUUGACCGGAGCGUUGACUCAUGAGCUUCCGAAUGUAAGAUCAAUGGUGAUAGAGGAGGAGACGACGGUCAGUGAGAUGUCGGCGACGUCGUACUCCACUAACAGUUAAAGAUCAUAGGCACUAUUAACACUUGAAUCAGUGUAGGCCAUCGCUAAUAGUAUGUAUUUAAUUUUAUAUCUUUUAUUGUUUAUAAAAAUGUUACUUCACUUUUGGUUUCUUGAAGACCCAAACGAAAAAAACAAGGGUUUCGCUAAUAGAAACUCUGUGUAAUAGAGAAA